CUUCGACGGUUCGCAGUAACGCUGUCCGUAUUUCUCUCCUCGUUCGAGACGGCAGCUGUCACUUCAAAGUGCGCGUUUGAUGAUAUAUCGACAGCAACACGUAGCGACACGUUUGCAAAUUUUACUAUUUUCGGAACGUUAUUGUAAGCUUGUUUGCAUCUCGCACAAACGUCUCCUGGUGACACAGUGAUAUUCGACGUCCAGCAUUUCAUCUGGAUAUUUUUCACGGUGAACCCUUCGAUUGUGCGUAAUGGAGAGACAGAGAAAUUUGUUGCAGCCACGUAACAUAUACAAUCGCAGAACCAGCACGCGAUACUGAGUUACGAUCGGUGGAUUUCGAUUUACGCGUGAUUUGAUUUAGCGAGCGAGCUGGAACGCGCGCGUGAUUUUCGAUGUCGACGUUUGGGGAUUGAUCGUUCGCUCCUCGGUUAAUUGCUUUCCGAAAUUUCGCACACGUCGGCAUGCGAUUUAACGGACAAAUCGCAUCGUUUGCGUUCGCAAGAUAUGGGAAUACCUCGCUGUGCGAAUUAUAAUCGACAACGUUAUUCGCAAAUGCGAGCCACUUCGGAAGUGAAUUCCGGCGCCACUCCCGCUCCACGACGGUGUUACAGUUCGCUGAGAGAGGUCUCGCGUCGUUUGUGCCGUGUUUCUCAGGAUAAGGGAAUAGAAGGAGUAUUCCCGUUACGAUUUCGUCGGUCGUUUCCGAGACUCCCGUGCGCUAGAAGUGUAUUCGACGAUACAAAGGAAUUGUCGACGUCGCGGCUCUCAAGAACGAGCUUUGUCGCUUCGGAUGAAAGUAAGACGGACAUCGUAAGAGGAUUUAGCUUUAUUGCUGCAGCGAGUCUUAAAGAAAGUGGAAGUUAACGGAAAGUGAGAGUCUUCUCUUCUCUUUCAAGAGAGAGAGAAAGAAAGAGAGAGAAAGAGGGGGGAGAGAGAGAGAGAGCUGUGACCGGUUCACAGCCCUCUGGUCGAUUGCAUCGAUCGCGGAUCCAGGGACAGAUGUAAUUCUCUACCUCAGUGGAUUCAUACUUGUGUCUGAUAAGACUGUCAGAAAAUUGACAAUAAAUUAGGAUUAUCUCUAGUCUGCCGUAACGCUCACCUUAUUGAAAAAAAUCGACAUGGAUGCCAGUACGGUGCGGUUAGUAAUAUUUUUGGGCAUGUUUCUGGUUUUCGCCGGCGAUUAUAGCGCAUUGAUCGCUUCAAUUUUCGGUAAUGCAACGGAGAGGAACAUAACUGAUGCUAUGAGAGAACCCGAGGCUCAGCUCAAAGGGCCUCCCCAUGAUAAGAUACCCGUUGUCUCGAAAAAAGAUGUCGAUAAGAAUAACGUUGCCCUACGCCGUGCAAAGAUGAUGACAACGAUCAAAACUGCCUGCUUGCCGAAGCUAAUAUGCGAACUCACCAAGUCUGUUCACCAAGACCAACUAAGUGAAAUGGAGCGAUCUCUUUUAAAUCUUAUAAGGGAUACAAGUCUGAGCACAAUGGCGGAAGUACCAUCGAGAUACCACUUCGCGGCUCACAUGGGUCAACUGAUUUCUGGUAUAGAAGGUCAAGGUUGUCAUAACUUUUACCCAACAUGUCCGUUGCCGGGUAUUAGAGUUCUGAACAUGAUGAAGAAGAUUCGUCUACGCUAAGGAAUGAUCACCGUCAUUGUCGAAAUCGACGAUUUAAUAAAACCUGUGAUAUAUAUAUUGUGGAUAUUUUGUUUUUGUUCGCGCUUAGGAGUUCGUUAACAUUAUAAGAAUUCAAUUUGAACAAUGAUAAAUCGCGUUUUUGGCGAUGCAAUAUAUAAAUUAUAAAUAAUACUCAAGUUUUCGUGAAAAUAAUGUCAAUUACU